ACAGUAAACUUGAUAUCAGCCAAUGCAAUCACAUAAGCGCUCAAAUACGUCAAGCGUCGAGUAGCCUCGGUGUGGCAGGCUAACGCAUGUUCAGAAGACCGGAGUCUUUAUAUAUAAAGUGUGCUGCCCUAUUUCCAUCGCGAUACUUGCCGUCCAUCCGCAGCCCUCUUUGGAAUACAGUCCUCCAGACCAGCUCCUCCAUGACAAGCAACGAGAAGUCACAACCUCCGGGCAGCGAGUCUCCGUCUUCAGAGCAACCGCCCUCCUACGAACAGCUUCGGGCAGAAAGGAAUCUGAAGGAGACAUUUGCCAAGAUCGUGAAUGACCAACUAGAGAUUCAGAAGCUGUUUAUAUCCGUUGCGUCGAAACUGGAGACCACACCGAAUAUCGGAGAAGGGCAUGCACUGUGUGAUGAAUGGAAUGAGCUUCGUAAGAAGCAUGCAAGGCUUUAUCGAGAUUCUCAGCUGAAUGCAAGUCAAUGUGCAAGUUUCCUGGGUAAUUACUCCUCGGUGCUUGUCCCGCUUUCGAAGUCGCGUAUGACGAUAAAGGAGAAGACCUUUAUGAUAAACAAGUUCAUCGAGGCUAUCCCCGCUCACGAAGAAGCAGCUAGGAAAGUAGCAAUGAAGUUUCGUGAGCUCGCCAAACUAGUGGAGAUCUUUCCUCAUAAGGUGUCUGCGGUGUUGCGGGCGGAGGCGGAUUCGCAAGGUUUCUGGUCUGGAUUCUGGUCCGGCAUUGAAGAACUGUGCAUGUCUAUUUGGAAUGUUCUUCACGGGCUAUUGAUUACCAUUGUGAACACGUUCCGAAGUAUGCUUGCACGUAUCGAGAACAUCCGUGUAUGCGCCCCACUCAUCGGUGUCCACAUUGAGCUUUCAUCAGUGGGUUGUGAACCGUCGGCGACUGAGCCUUCUGCUCGCUCGACUAUCGGUGAGGCCAGACACGAUUGUAGAGCAUUGGCCACACACCUCACCGGUUUCGAGGACGCAUGGCACCUCGUUCGGUUGGCUUGUGACAACCUACUGCAAAGCAUGUCCAUGGCCAGUGCAGCCUCGGUGAGUCCACAGGUCCGCAAUGUCUUAUCUUCAUUCUUCACGUUUCUCCUUGUAUCUUCGUGUUCCGUCUCGCGUCGUUCAACUCGGCUAAUUGUGGAUUUGUUUGAUACGUCCCAGAGCAUACCCGAGGCUUUCAACGCCAACUUGAAGAACAUUGAGGCGGUGCAUGGUCCGCUUGUUCAAUGUUUGUUGGCGUAUGCUACCGGCAAGGCGCCGUUGUAAUCUGUGUGUAUGAUUCCUAUCCCGAGGUGAAGUUUGUGGCAUUGCGAUGAGACCAUUUCUUCCCCGUUACCCUUUGUAUCUUUGAUACCCGUUGAAGCACUUGUAGGAUAUUAUGGGCUUUUCACUAUCCGCUUACUUGUUCGAUUUCUGCACAUUAAGCACAAGGUUCAUUAAGUGGAUCUUUGAUCCUAUAUUGCUUCGAGGCUGUUCGUUAAUAUAAGCGGCCAAGGAACCUACACUCGCGUUUUCUCCCAUAGAGGCUCUUCACCAGUUAUCCUGCCCCAACCAUCGCGAAUGUGAUAGUCAGGAACAUACAUAAAGUGAGUUCAUGAAAUAUCCGUCAAGACCCACUGGAUUCGUGCAACAUAUAUAUGCACGGCUCCGUUUCCACACUGCUUCCAGCUAGGGUGAUUCGACUCUACCAUGGGCUAUACAUAUUCAAAUGCGUCCAGGUGUUGAUUUGAUGUUCUAUUUCUGUAAAAUCAACCUUUGUAAGUUGCCAGAGGCUACGGUUAUCAUCCUAUUUCCUCUAUAUUUAUACAAUACACGCUGUCUACACAUAGUCUACCUAAAGUAGACUCUUGAUGAUACCGUCGCCUUCAACCAAGAUACAAGGCCCACCAUAGAUUACUUUGUCAGAAAGAUCAUUUUCAUCGAUGA